AUGGCGGCUUCAUUCCUUGAGAUCAUAUCUAAGGUCUUUGGCUGGAUAUACACUCUUUGCUGGUCGCUCUCUUUCUACCCUCAACCAAUUCUCAACUUCCGGCGCCGGUCUACGAGCGGAACCACCAUAGACUUCCCCGCCAUCAAUACCCUGGGCUUCACUGCAUACCUUGCUUCGAAUGCGGCAUUCUUAUACUCGCCUCAAAUACGCCGGGAAUACGCGUUGCGAUAUCAUGGCCUUACGCCGACUGUGCAACCUAACGAUGUGGCUUUUGCCGCCCAUGCCAUGAUCCUAAGCGCGUUGACGCUGUCGCAGUACGUCCCGGCGAUUUGGGGUUUCGAUAAGGAGGGGAAACGAGGGCCUGGAGCUCGAAUCAGCAAGGAAAUAUUGGGAAUAACUGUGGGAAGCUUUAUCCUAGUUGGGAUUGUGGCUUUAACUGUCGCUGUGAGACAUGAUGAAGACCCGAAAACUGGCUUUGCUUGGAUCGACGUUAUUUAUACUGUCUCUUAUGUCAAGCUCUUCGUCACUCUGGUCAAAUACUUGCCUCAAAUCAUCACAAACCGCAGAAACCGUUCCACGCAAGGCUGGGCCAUAGAUCAGAUACUCCUCGAUUUCGCCGGCGGAUUACUCUCGAUUGCACAACUUGGAAUCGAUAGCUAUCUGCAGCACGAUUGGUCUGGAAUAACUGGCAAUCCCGUCAAGUUAGCUCUUGGAAAUGUGGCCAUGUUUUUCGAUGUUGUAUUCAUGGUACAACAUUAUUGUCUAUAUCAAGGGAAACGUGAAGGAUCUUCCGCAGAAUCUGAGGAGGAUCCUCUCCUUAGUGAAACUAGCAGCGAGGAAAGGAUCUGA